GUUAUCUCACGCUCAUGUCCACGCCACCGGCUCUCAUUCCUUCACAUCUGUGCUGCAUUAAAGGUAUAUAAGAGUGGCAUUAAACUGUCACACACUGGAGCCAAAAGAGAGUCAUCAACCUCAGAGAGACCGGUGACAUCAGGCCUGAGACCGGCCCACUGCAGCAGCUUAAACAGCCGUUAUCAACAAUGCCCGCCACCAACAGUAUCAUCUCUAACUCUCGGAUGUCGGAUAAAGCGAAAAAAGCCAAAGAUGGAGCCACAGAGAAGAUCCCAGACUACGAGCCAAACAUCCCUGAACCGAAAUGCAGAGCUGAUCUCAUCAAACACUGGUUCAACCUUUCCCUGGAUGACAAGACAGCCAAUAAGAUGCUGUGGAUCGGAGAGGAUGGUGGUAAGGUGGCUCGUAUAACUGAUGAUGUCACUUGUCCCGUCUUGGAUAGACCGGAGCGAUAUGAGUAUUCUCCACAGGUUCUUUGCAAAGAGGGCAUCCUGGGUCUCCGAGGCUACUGGGAGGUGGAGUACUCAGGGUGGAUCGUGGUCGGGGUCGCUUACGAACGAGCAGGAAGGAGGAACGUUGACGGAUCCUGCGGCCUGGGAGAGAACGAGGAGUCCUGGGGUCUAGGCUGGAGCGGUUCCAGUUAUCACGCCUGGCACAACGGCAACAAUGUAGAGAUCAUGGAGAUUCCUAAGUACUCCAGAGUCGGUGUCUACCUUGACCAGCCUGCUGGUGUCCUAAAUUUCUAUGGUGUGGAGGAGGUGAAGGAGGGAGAGGAGAGCACAGGGAGAAUGGAGGUUAACGUUUUGCAUCAGGUUAAGAGCUCCUUUGAGCAGAAAAUGAUACCAGGCUUCUGGCUGGGGCCGCAGUCACACUGUUUGAUCACGAAGAAGGAGGACUGAAUCCACAUUACGUUAUAAUAUCUAAAAAUCAGUGAUAUGAGCUGAACUCUGGCCGAGUAAUAAUAAAGCUACAAUUACGGCAGCUUCUAACGCACAAUGACUGGACACCAACAUGGUUACGUUAACAUUUAUCUUCCAUUAGCUUGCAUAUAUCCUACGCACAUUAUAUUAGAAUUAAAGCAUUAGCAUGUAUUCCUCAUAUACACCAUCUCUAGGUUUGUACAUUUCAAUAAAGGAAACAAAGUGCAUCAUGUAGGAUUCACUUUCCUGAAACCACCGGACCAGUCAAGGUUUAUACUGAUUAUAUUUAUAAACAUUGUUAUUCCUCCUUUGUUAUCGUUUGCUAAUAAUGUAUAGAGUGACCUCGAUUGAUAUGAAUGUAUGCAGAAUGUAAAGUUUAAAUAAAUAAUAAAACACUGAGUGAGA